UUGUGUGUGUCAACACACUUGGCCAAUAAAUCUGAUUCUUAUUCUGAGUCUGAUUUGAUUCUGAUUCUAUAGGUUAAUAUCAGCUGCUACUGCUGUUGGUUAAGUUGAGUUAAGGUCGUGGAUUUAUGGUAUCCAGUCUGCCAUGAACAGGAUGAUGAGGAGUCCCAGGAGGCCGAUAAUCCUCACGAGGAGGAGACGGCCGUUGGAAAGAAACAAAGCCGACGAGACACAGAACAAAUCUUCUACGGCGUCUGGAGCAGAAUCCGUCUCUGCAUCUGCACAAGACGGCAUCCGAGUUGUGGACCAUCCCACUAGGCCGGAAGCACUAGUGAUCGCCACACCAGAAACCGCCGGUCUUCAGAGCGUCCUCGAUGCGCUGGAUGCCAAGAGGAAGGAAGGUGGUACUCCGGGGCCAAACAAGUUCAUUUUUGUGUUUGGAAGAUGUAGAUCUGACGAUGAAGUUAAAGCUCUGUUCCAGGCCACAUCAGAGAAUAAAAAUCUCCUCCGACCUGAAGCAGGUGCAGCUGGAAAUGACCAAACUCUACUAAACAGUGAAUUGCCAGUGACAAGUGCCAGUGACUCUGACAAAGAGAAAUUCGAUGGCUGCCCACAGCUCCAGGAGCCACAACACAGAGAGGAAGAACCGAGUGCCGUUAAGGGACCUCUGUCAGAAAGACCACCGUACUCCUACAUGGCUAUGAUCCAGUUUGCAAUCAACAGCAAGAAAAAUAAGAUGAUGACACUGAAGGAGAUCUAUAACUGGAUAGAAGACCAUUUCCCUUACUUCAGAAAUGUAGCUAAACCUGGCUGGAAGAACUCCAUUCGCCAUAACCUUUCCUCGCACGACAUGUUCAUCAGAGAGAGCACACCAGACGGCAAGAUCUCCUACUGGACCAUUAAACAUGAAGCAAACCGCUGUCUGACAUUAGACCAGGUGUACAAGACUGCCGUUGAUCCAUCGGCCUCCUCUUUCCCACAAGCCAUGCAAGUCUGUAACCAACAACAACAGAAGCGAUUUGUGGCUGAUCCUAAGAAAGCUACAGUCUGCACUACAGAGAGGAAAAUGAAGCUUUCUCUGUCCACCCCUCAGCAGACCUCCACUGUUUCCAAUCCCGUCUCCAGAUCAGGGUGCAAGAGGCUUUGCAUUGCUCCUAAGGUCUCCAAUGGUGAAUCCAGUGUGGUGGUGAUGUCUGCCCCGGUUGCUGAAGUACAGGAAGAACGUGUGUGUAUACCAUUCAGUGAACCCUGCAGCAGCGAAGAGAAAGAGAUGCUCAGACAGAGAUACAAGAGAAUCUCACGUCGGAAGCAGUGUCUAGUCCCACUUUCCAACGAGGAGCCUGUUCUGAUCUUUCCUGAAGGCACUUUCUUCGAUUAGCACAGCGUUAUGGAUUUCACCAUGAACUACAACCUAAUAUAUAUUAUCCUUGCUUUAUAUAUCUAACAGACUUUCUGAAUUUCAGUCUAUCUCCAUGCACAGUUUUUUUUAAAAAAUUUGUAAUUUUGUAAUCUCUACAACGGUGCUUGAUUCUCUAUUUUGAUGCACGGUGAGUCGGACAUGACCGCCAAGUUUCCAUGCAAAAAAAAGAAAAAAAAAAAAAAAACUGGACACAUUUCCUAUAUAAGCUGCUCAUGCUGAUUUUCACUGCCAUUGCUUUUUCCACAGAUCCAUGUAUCUCUUUUUUUCUCUUACGGAUUUUGUGAAAUUUAAGUGUAUUCAUCACUCCAAGGUGUUUAGUGAAGGAAUGUAUUGAGAAACCGAUUGGUCUGGUUUGCACAACUUAUAUGUAUGUAGAUGUAUUUUAUGAGUACAUAGAUUUAAGCAAAUCCCCAAGUAGACACUACUGCAUGCAAAGUUUUUAACAUUGAUGGAGAAACAAAUGACUUGAUGAAUUGAA